UCCUAAUAGAUUUUUUUUUACUUAUAUUUAAAUUUAUGAAUUUAAUGAAAUGUCUGUACUAACCAUUUGUUUUGGCACUUGUGGAGUACGCUUUAUCCACAGUUUUUAUUCUACAAUUUUUAAUGACAAUAACAUUCCUGAUCCAAUUAUUUCUAAAAAUGUAAAUAAAGAAUAUAAACAUAUGAGUGAAUCAAACUUUUUUGAAUUAAAAUCAAAUGGUUUUUUGGAACCCAGGUCUGUUUUAAUUGAUAUUGGUAAUCCAAAUAUUGGUGAUGCCCUUAGACAAUAUAAUAGUUGUCAAUGGGGAUUUGGACAAAAUGCAUUAGAGUUUAAUUUUGUUGAAGGUUCAACAAAUAACUGGUCGUAUUGCUAUUAUAUAAAAGGUCCUGAAAUGUUUGAAGACGUUUGUAGUAGGUUAAAAACUGAAAUAAAUAAAAUAGAUAAAAUUGAAUACUUUUUAAUAAUAUUGUCACCAUCAGGUGGAUGUGCAGGAUCUGCCUGUUUUAUUCUUGAAAAAUUAAAACAUGAUUAUCCUAAAAUAUCAUUUAUUUUAGUUCUCAUCAUGCCAUAUCAGUCUAAAGAUGCUAUCCAAAAUUAUAAUAUUUCAUUCACUAUUAACAAACUAUAUAAUUUAACAGAAUGUAUUUUCUUAUUUGAAAAUUCAGUUUUGCAUAAAGUUUGUCAAGAUGGCCAUUCAGAUGCCAAAGUUUUAUUUGAUGAUUUGAAUGAAAUAGGCAGUAAACAGUUGAUAUCUGUAUUUCAACCUGUAGAAAAUCAAACAUUUCCUUAUUUUCUUUCUCUUGUGCCCAAUCAAAAAUAUAAACUUUUAAAGUUAUUAUCUUCUCCAAAUUAUAGAAAAGAAUAUUCUUCUUAUGAAUCAACUCCGAGAUGGGAAGCAAUUGUAAAUCAAAGUAUACGUUCCUUGAAUAUAUCCCCUUGUGUUUCUUCUGGAAAUUUGGUUGUAUAUCGAGGUAGUACAUCUAAUCCAAUUAAUUUGAAUUUUGCUGAAAAGUUGAAUAAUAUAACUUUUUCUAAUAGUAUUUUAGAGGAAAACAAAUUUUUGCAACUAUUUCAACCAAGGCAUUUUAUGGGUUCCAAAUAUUUAAGUGUUUUGUCAAAUAAUUCGACUAAUGUAUCGGUUUUAAACAAUGUAGUAAAAUUAGCCUCGCGAGCUUUUUCACAUAAAGCAUUUGUACAUCAUUAUACCCAAUAUAAUACAAAUAUUAAUGAUUUUAAAGAUGUGUUUUCUAAUGUAAACCAAAUAAUUAAAGACUACUAUGAGCUAGAGUGAUUUUUAUUUUUAGUUUUUAUACUAGUUUUUUUUUUUUUUUUCAUUUAUCAAUUUGUAGAUCUCAACAUAAAUAUGUUAAUUUUUCUAGUCAGUUUUCACAUGUUAGACUUAUAUGUUCCUAGCUAUUCUUUUCACUUUUAU